AUUCUUUUUUUAUUUUUUUUCAGUUACAGAUCCAGAAAUAACAAAAAUGUUUUUGUUGAAGCUGAUCUUUUUUAGCACUAUUAUAAAUUUAGCUUUUGGCUGUUAUCAGUGCUUUAUCAACGUGGAAGACAGUCUUCGUUUGUGUUGGGGCCACAUUCUUACCGAAUACAAUACAAGGAAUGUAGAUUUUUGUUUCACAACUCUGGAUCGAAUUUUCAACAAUGAAAUGAGAGUAAUUGAGGCGGGGAAAGUUGGGAGAGGCUUUGACUUGAUGCUGAAGGACAUCUUGAUGUCGGAAAUCAUGCCAAUAGUGGAAGAGUUUGACAUGAACACAAAUGAAGACACUGUAUAUGAAAUCAGGUUACAGGCAGCUGCAAACAAUUUCAUCACUGAGGCCUCAAAGCUACCUAGAGCCUCUGGAUGCUUCCCCCCCUGUGGUUUCCAAGAGCAAGGUGCUGUUUAUAACUGCAUGACCUGUCAGUUUGAUUCCUGCGAGUUCCCGCUCGACUGCCCUGUGAAGGAAAUCAAAAUAGUGGAGACCAACAGGACUCAGAUGGGGUGUAAGGUUCCAUUCAUCUUGCCCACGGACAUAGAGAUAGUCUGGAGAUAUGCAAUGGAAAAGACAGUGUUGAUGGAUAAUUUCAAGGAGGUCACUGUUGGUGUGGAUCCUCUUUACUUCAUCCCAUCUGCCCGGUUGGAGCACUCAGGCACCUACCAGUGUGAGAUAUUCUCUCAGGAACAUUCUCUUGUCCGCAUCUACUACUACCUCACAGUGGUCCCUUUGGCACAGUUAGGUUAUGCAGAACUACAAGAGGUCUUUGACCAGGCUCUUCUUCCGGUUGGCCAGUUCCCUCACCUGUCCGAGACUGUUCCAGUUACCUUGUGGCUGCCUAGCCCUGUACUUCUCACCACGUGUCUGACGUCAGUGCUCCUGUUGAUCUUCAUUAGUCUAGGGGUGCUGUGUUGGUUGUCCUGUAAGACAGAGACCAGCAACUGUAAUACAGCUCAAGACAAAACAUACACAGAAAAGAUAUAUUUGAUUCAUUGCUAAAGUAAAACAUCUACAUGUAAAAAGAAACAAAAUAUUAAGACAAAAGCGUGUUUUACACAUUUGAGAUACAAAUAAAUGAUUCAACAGUUAGAUUUAUUAUGCAUUUGAAAAGGUAUUGACAGUAUCAAACUACAGAACACUUUUAAAAGAGUUGUUUUAAGGUUUACAUGAGAAUACCACAUGAGGAGUCGGCAUUGGGAGUGUGUGAAUAAAGCUGUACCGCUAGCUCACAUUAUAAAGCCUUCUUUGAGUUACUAAAUAUAGCCAGACAUGACUU